AUGGAACCAUUUCAUGGACACAUAAAGCAUCAUCAAUAUAUAUCAGCAUCAGAAGUUGACGUUAUUAGCAAGAUGCCAGAGAAUGUGGUAACUCAUAUUCUGGAUCGUUUGUCUAUCCAAGAUGCGGUAGGUACUAGUAUCUUGUCAAAAUCCUGGAGGUUUAAGUGGACUAUGCUCACUCAACUCGUAUUUGAUACUAAGAAGUAUUAUGAUGAGAGGAAUUUAAGCAGACUUCUCCUUCAACUUAAAGGUCCCAUCAAAAAGUUUGUCCUCCAUAUACCAAAUUACAAAGUAUUGGAUGUGAAGGAUAUAAAUCAUUGGAUUAUGUUCUUGUCUGGAAAAGGAAUUCAGGAGUUCACUCUUAUAAAUUACCAUCAAACACCACUUAAGUUGCAUACCCAUCUUUUCUCUUGCCUAGACUUGAAACAUUUGAACCUUCAUAACUGUUGUUUAAGUCUUACCCCAACUUUUAGUGGUUUUCCGAAUCUAUUGACCUUAGACUUGUUUCGGGUAACUUUUGAAAGCGGUAGUUGUUGCCAACUUAUCAUUCAGUGUCCGCUACUAGAAAAUCUGAAAGUUAGUUAUCAUAAUUAUCUUUCUGGAAAUCUCAAAUUAGUUGAGAUUGCAAAACUAAAAAAUCUUAGAGUGCUGUCUUUGCCAUUGUGUAAGCUUGACUAUAUGGUGAUCACAGUUCCUAUAAUCCUUCAGUUUGGUAUCCAUUUUCCAAGACUUCAAGAGCUCAGUUUGGAUUUUCAAAAUUGCAAGUGCUCAGGAGAAUUGGAUGGUAACUACAAAAUGAUCCGUAACACCUUUCCCAGCCUCAAGACUCUUACAAUAUCACAAAUUAAUUUUAGUGGUUUUGCUGAGGUGGCAUGUGCUAUGGGAAUCAUUUCGACGUCCCCAAAUCUGCGGACCCUAAAUAUGACAGCUGCAUAUACACAAGCUUUUCUGCCAUACGUCUUUUGCUCUACUGAUUCAGCCCAGAGCAUAUUGGGACAACUGCAGCUUCAAGAUGUGGUGUUUAGAUCUUGUAAAGGUUCACGAAUUGAAGUAGUUAUGAUAAAGUUUUUACUUGCUGGUUCCCCUUUGCUAAAGAAGAUGGUUAUCCAUUCAGACUCAUCUCUGUCGUCAGAUGAAAAGUUGGUGUUUGCUACAACAUUGUUGAAGCUUAGUCGAGCCUCCCACACAGCCAAAGUGGACUUCCUCUAG